AUGGCCGAGUCGGUGGGAUAUCCCCUGAUCGUAAAGGCGUCCUUCGGGGCGGGCGGCCGGGGUAUGCGGGUCGUGAGCGGCCGUGACAAGCUCCUGGGCAGGCUGGAGGAGGCCCGGGGGGAGGCCCAGCGCACCUUCGGCGACGGAUCCGUGUUCCUCGAGCGUUACAUCGCCCGGGCGCGUCACAUCGAGGUUCAGAUCCUGGCCGAUGUGCACGGAUCCGUGUCACACACCCUGGGUAUGCGUGACUGCUCGGUCCAGCGGCGACACCAGAAGGUGGUAGAGCUCGCUCCGGCGCCCAACCUCUCCGACGAACUGCGCGACGAGAUCUGCGCGGCGGCGAUCCGCGUCGCCCGCACGACCGGCUACGUCAACGCCGGCACCGUCGAGUUCCUGGUGGACGCGGACACCGGCGAGUGGUGCUUCAUCGACGUGAACCCGCGCAUACAGGUGGAGCACACCGUCACCGAGGUGGUGACCGGCAUCGACCUGGUGCGGUCCCAGUUCCUGGUGGCACAGGGUUGCCGGCUGCACAAGGCACCCCUGUCGAUCCCGCAGCAGCACGAGAUCCCCGGCCGGAUCACAACCGAGGAUCCCGAGAACGAGUUCUCGCCCGACUACGGCCGCCUCCAGACGUUCCGCACCGCCGGAGGGUUGGGUAUCCGCCUCGACGGGACGGCCGAUGCCGGCGCGGUCCUCAGCCCGUUCUACGAUUCGCUCCUCGUCAAGCUCACCGCCUGGGACGCCGACGUUUCCGGUGCCUGCACCCGGGCCGACCGCGCUCUUCAGGAGUUCCGCAUCCGGGGCGUCAAGACCAACAUCGGGUUCCUGCGGAACGUGGUCAACCACGAGGACUUCCAGAACGGGGCGGUGACGACGCACUUCCUCGACGAGACGCCCUAG